AUGUUAGUCGUUUCCAUUGCCGGGCAAUUUCAGAUAGAGGAUUUCGCCGUGUUCAGACCUUGGCCAGCCUUCCUCCAUCGGAGUCAUCCGGUUAAACCGGCGAUUGUGGCAAUCUUCGCAGCUGCAGGUUACAGAGUGGCCGAGAGUUAUGGCUGGCAGCUCGUUAAUGCGCCGGAGGCGAUGUCGGAGGUGGCUAGAGGUAGAUGCAGACGCCUGAGGUUCGUUCCGGACGGCGUCCGGAGGGCGGAUGGGUGGCACUGGGGGUAUGUCGGCCACGACAACGAUGUCGGAGCACUCUGGUACUAG